UCUGGCUAGUCGGGUAGUCGGCGAAGGAACGUCGUGGCGAGUGAACGUAUGGAUAAAGUCGUGUCUUAAACCCAGUCAUUCGUUCGAGCACGAGGCUCGAGAUUGAUUUGAUUUUUUUCACAUUCUUAUUCUCAUUUUUUUGCUAUCACAAAGUUGUUCGGUGUCGUCGUGAUAUAUAGAGGAUUGAAUCAACGAUAAUUUGUGUUGAAAAAUAGCAAUAUGAGUUCGCUCAACUUGAAGGAAAUCGUGGCGACAAGCGCUGUCAUCACGACCAUGGGUCAAAUGUUGGCUGGAACGCUUAUCUGCAAAGAUAUUUACAAGAAAGGAACAACGAAAGGGGUCGAUCCAACGCCGUUUGUGGGAGGAACUGUCAUGUGUCUUUUGAUGCUUCGAUACGCUUUGAUUCUUGGAGAUCCAGCAAUGAUAAACAUCAAUCUUUUUGGUUUAGCGGUCAACAUUAUUUAUGUCCUGGUAUUCUAUGCUUACUCUCCGGACAAGGAUCAAGUGAUCGGGAUGAUCGUCAAAGCGGCCGUAUUCGCCGGAUUUUUUCUUGGAUACGCCCAGUGGGAACAUCAGGAUUUGAUUCAAUUUCGAUACGGAAUGAUCGUCACGGUCCUUUUGAUUUUGCUCAUAGCUUCACCUUUUUUGCAUUUGGGUGAAGUACUGAGAACGAAGAGCACCGAGAUGUUACCUUUUCCUCUUAUUCUGAUGGGCACGCUCGUCUCAUUCCAGUGGCUGUUGUACGGACUUUUGAUCGAUGAUGCAUUUAUCAUAUUUCAAAAUGCAUUGGGGUUGACUCUGAAUGCCGUGCAACUAUCGCUCUUCGCGAUAUUUCCAUCGAGGCCAACUGAGACAGAUAAAUCAACCGUUUUGAAGAAAAAGGAAUAAACUAGUGGAAAAUACUCGAAAUUAGAUAUACGAAAAUAAAUGCAUUCCUUCCGAAGUGCCGGCAAAUGUCAGUUCACAAAAGCAAAAGUCACAUUUUUCAUUUCCUACUGCCUGCAACGACCAGUAUGCAAAAUAUUUUUAUCGUUAAAUUUCUAAGUAGGCAACGGAAAUUUAUGUGGCUAUGAGACGGGUAUGCUCAAAAUGAAUUAUUUUAAAUAGUGAAAAAACAAGUGGAUCUUGAGAUUUUUAGUAUUUUACCGAAGGUAUACGUAUUUUUAGACUAUUUUUCCGCUGAUCAUGCAAACUCACAGUCCGUUGCAUCAACGCUAAAGAGAGCAUGACACGAGUAAAUCAUUCAUCUUCACGGAUGAAUUAUUUUCUUUCAUUGCCAUUGACUGGUGAUACAGAACAGCUACGAGAAAUCAGACACUUUCACAUUCUUUUAAAUGAUUACUUAAUGUAGCAGUGACCGGUUAAAUAAUGUCAAAAAAUCAUUCGAAAUCUGUAACAAAAUAUUUUCAAUACUUCCCUCCUAUUGUGUUAUCUUUUUAUAUAUUUUUCUCGUUCUUUCGAUCAAUUUUAUUCAAUAUUUCUUUAUAUAGAGUUGCUUGAGAACGAAAUAUUUUUCGAAAAGAGGAAACAAAGAAACUUUAUGGUUGGGCCUUACCAUGGCAAAAUAUGAUGUGAUACAACGUUUUACUCAGAUGUUAUAAUUAUUAAUAAUGCUUCAUGAAUGUGACAAUAUCUACAUCGAUUGUUAACAAAUAUUGAAAUUUAUAAUUUCAUAAGUAUCUUCAGUAAAUGAAAUGAAUAAUUGUGAUUUAGAGUGAUCAAUUAAAAAUCAUGAUUUCAUGGAAUCCCUGAUGUUAUAAAUAAAGAUGAUUUUUUAAAAAUAA